GAAGCGAUGGAGUCAGGCGAGCAACUCCCACGUUCAGACCCACGCGGCGGCCGCGGCGGCUGGCGCGCCGCGCUGUUCAUCAUCGUCGUCAGCUUGUUCGAGCGCAUCGGGUUCAGCGGCGUGGAGGGCAACCUGAUCACGUACCUGUCCGGCCCGCUGGGCAUGUCCACCGCGGCCGCGGCUGCCGGCGCGAACGCGUGGUCUGGGACCGUGCUCGUGCUGCCGCUCGUGGGCGCGCUCGCCGCCGACUCGCGCCUCGGCCGGUACCGGGCUGUCCUGCUCGCCGGCGUGCUCUACCUGCUGAGCUUGGGAAUGCUGACGGUCUCAUCCAUGCUGCAAACAUCGCAACCACAUCCCCGGAGCUGCCAUGGCACAGCCACCGCGUGCUCGUCGGCGCCCUCGACGCCAUCACCUGCCCGGCUCACCUUUUUCUACGCCGCGCUCUACCUGCUGGCGGUGGCGCAGGGCUUCCACAAGCCGUGCUCUGAAGCCAUGGGCGCCGACCAGUUUGACCCCACCGCACGUGCGUCCCGGAGCUCCUACUUCAACUGGUUCCACUUCUCCAUAUCGUGGGGCUACGCCAUCGCGGCCACCGCGGUAACCUACGUCCAGGAGAACGUCGGCUGGACUGUCGGCUUCGCCGCAUGCUGGGCCAUCAUGGUGGUGUACCUCGUCGUCUUCUUGCUCGGCACGGGGACGUACCGUGCAGAGAAACCCGUCGACGGAAGUUCAUUUGCACAGCUCUUCGAGAAGUUCACCUUCUCUCGGAAGGUCGUUGGCACUGACACCGACACACAACGGCUUCUGAUGGGAGAACCGGAGGAAGGUAAAGGGUUCCUGGUAAAGCUGCUACCGAUCUGGCUGUCGAGCCUCGUCUUUGCAACAGCCAUCGCGCAGAUUACCACCUUGUUUACCAAGCAGGGCAGCACGAUGUACCGGAGCAUCGGGGGCCUCGUCGUGCCACCUGCGGCGUUGCAAAGCUUCAUCAGCAUCACCUACAUUACCCUGGUCCCCGUCUACGACCGCGCUCUCGUGCCUCUCGUGAGGCGCCUCACCGGCCACCCCUCGGGCAUCACGACGCUCCAGCGCGUCGGUGCCGGCAUGGCCAUGUCCUGCGUCACCAUGGCCAUCGCUGCGCUCGUGGAGGCCAAGCGCCUCCGCGUGGCUGCGGAUGCCGGCCUCCUCGACCGCCCCGACGUAACAGUGCCGAUGAGCCUAUGGUGGCUGGUGCCGCAGUACGUCCUGAUCGGCCUCGCGGAGGUGUUCACCUACAUCGGGCUGGAGGAGUUCUUCUACGACCAGGUGCCCGACGCGUUCCGCAGCGUGGGGCUGGCGUUGUCCCUCAGCAUCUUCGGCGUUGGGAACUACGCAAGCAGCGCGCUCGUGGCAGCGAUCAAUUGGGCAACGACGAGGGGCGGGGGAGAGAGCUGGUUCUCAAACAACCUCAACCAUGCGCACCUCGAUUACUUUUACUGGCUCCUCUCCGGUCUCGGCGUUCUAGAGGUGGUCGUGUUCUUGUAUUUUGCAAAGAGAUAUGUGUACAGAAACAAAUGCCAGCAAUGAUUCGCUCACCAUCAGUUUCGCAAGCACGAUUUGGCAAUUUUCUA